UAGCAAAGUGUCUCGAGAUACCCUUUAUGAAGCAGUGAGAGAAGUGCUGCAGGGAUCAAAGAAGAAGAAGCGAAAGUUCCUUGAAACUGUGGAACUUCAGAUCAGCCUCAAAAACUAUGAUCCCCAAAAGGACAAGCGGUUUUCUGGCACAGUCAGGCUGAAGUCUACUCCUCGUCCAAAAUUCUCAUUGUGUGUCUUGGGAGACCAGCAACAUUGCGAUGAAGCAAAAGCUGUUGAUUUACCACAUAUGGAUAUUGAGGCACUUAAGAAGCUUAACAAGAACAAGAAACUGGUCAAGAAGCUCGCUAAAAAGUAUGAUGCCUUUCUGGCUUCUGAGUCACUCAUUAAGCAAAUCCCACGUAUAUUGGGGCCUGGACUGAAUAAGGCUGGAAAGUUCCCUUCCUUGCUCACUCAUAAUGAAAAUCUCGUGGCAAAGGUGGAUGAGGUGAAGUCCACUAUAAAGUUCCAAAUGAAAAAAGUGCUUUGUCUGGCUGUAGCAGUUGGCCAUGUAAAGUUGACUGAGGAGGAGCUUGUUUACAACAUCCAUCUGUCAAUUAACUUCUUGGUUUCAUUGUUGAAGAAAAACUGGCAGAAUGUGCGUGCUCUCUACAUCAAGAGCACAAUGGGCAAGCCACAACGCCUGUACUAAUUAUAAUAAAAUUCUUGUAAACAAAC